GCGUCUCACUUGCAUGGUCAGGACUCGCAGGUGUGGAUUUAAAGGUGUGUCGUGUUACAAAUGUAAACAUUUUAUUUUUACACGACGUGAUGCCGGACGUGGGCCAGCCGUCGCGCGUGGAAUCGACACAACUACGGUGGGGCCCAGAGAGGGCUGGCAGGUGUACAGCUCGGCCCAGGACGCAGACGGCCGCUGCAUCUGCACGGUGGUGGCGCCGGAGCAAAGUCUGUGCUCCAGAGAUGCCAAAAGCAGGCAGCUCCGCCAUCUUCUCGAGCAGGUGCAGAACAUGUCUCAGUCCAUCGAGGUGCUGAACCUGCGCACCCAGAGGGACUUGCAGUACGUGAUGAAGAUGGAGAACCACAUGAAGGGUCUGAGGACCAGAUUCAGGCAGAUUGAGGACGAGAAGAAAUCUGUCAUGGCCAGAAACUUCCAGGAGCUGGAAGACAAGAUGGAGGCGCUGAAGCCGUUGAUCCCAGUGUUGGAGCAGUACAAGAUGGACGCCGCGCUGGUCUCCCACUUCAAAGAGGAAGUCCGGAACCUGUCGUCGGCGCUGACGAGCAUCCAGGAAGAAAUGGGCGCCCACGACUACGACAAACUCUACCAGCGCGUCAUGCGUCUGGACCUCAGGCUGCGCAGCUGCAUGGGCAAAUUAACAUGCGGCAAAUUAAUGAAGGUCUCUGGACCCGUCACGGUCAAGACCUCUGGGACUCGGUUCGGGGCGUGGAUGACGGACUCGCUGGUGUCAACAAGACACAACAGAGUGUGGUACAUGGACGGCUACACCAACAGCAAGAUUGUGCGGGAGUUCCAAACAAUGGAGGACUUCAUGGCGGGGGUGGUGUCUCGCAGCUACAGCCUCCCCUUCAAGUGGGAGGGCACCAAUCACCUGGUGUACAACGGCUCCCUCUACUACAACAAGUACCAGAGCAACAUCAUCGUCAAGUACUGCUUCGAGACCGGCACGGUUCUGGCCCAGAGAGCUUUGGAAUUUGCCGGCUUCCACAACAUGUACCCGUACACCUGGGGAGGCUACUCUGACAUCGACGUGAUGGCGGACGAGCUGGGCAUGUGGGUGGUCUACGCCACCAACCAGAACGCCGGCAACGUGGUCCUCUCCCAGAUGGACCCUGUCACCCUGCAGGUCCUCAACACCUGGAACACCGAGUACUCCAAAAGGAACGCGGGGGAGUCCUUUAUGAUCUGCGGGACUCUCUACAUCACCAACUCUCACCUGUCCGGUGCCAAGGUCUACUACGCCUACUCCACCAAGACCUCCACCUACGAGUACGUGGACAUUCCUUUCCUCAACCAGUACUUCCACAUCUCCAUGCUGGACUACAACGCCAGGGAGAGAGUCCUGUACGCCUGGAACAACGGACACCAGGUCUUGUUCAACGUCACCCUCUUCCACCUCAUAGAGACUGAUGAAGGAUCUUAAAACUCAUCAUCAGCAUGUGGAGAAAAUUAUUAUAGUGUGCUUGUCUGACAUGAAGACUGCUGGCUGGAGCAUGAACUACAUCUCCAUGGUGGACUGCCAUCAUCACUGUGUGUGUUAGCAUGUUGCUAAUGCAUCUUAGCACACUGACAAUAUCAACUCUAUUCUCUUACUACUUAACCACACUUUUUCACACAUGGAAAAAUCCCCACUUUGUGACAUUUGGGGGAAAAAACUCAAAUUUUUUUGCCCAGAAAUAUUCAAUUUUGACACACAGAAAAAUAAUCCAGAUUUUUUUGAAAAAAAAUUCUGACUUUUGACACUUUGAAAAAAGCCCAAUUUUUUGACACAGAAAAAAUCCAGACUUUUUGACAAAAUAAUUUCCAACUUUUUGACACUUGGGAAAAAAAUCCGAUAUUUUGACACUUAGAAACAAUCCAAAUUUUUUGACAGAAAAAAUUCUUACAUUUUGAAAUUUAGAAAAAAAUCCCGACUUUUUGACACUUGGGUAAAAUUCCAGAUUUUUUGACCCCAAAAAAUCAGACUUUUUGAAACUUGGGUAAAUAUCAAGAAUUUUUGACCAAAAGAAAAAAAUUAAAUCCUGACUCAACAAAAAAAAUUUCAGACAAUCCGACACUUGGACAAAAAAUCCGAUAUUUUGACACUUAGAAACAAUUCAAAUGUUUUUACAUAAAAAAUUCCAGACAUUUAGAAAUAAAUCACAACUUUUUGACACUUGGAAAAAAUUUCAACUGUUUAACACUCCCGACUUUUUACACUUGGGAAAAAUUCCAGAUUUUUUGACCCCAAAAAAUCAGAUUUUUUUAAACUUGGGAAAAUAUCCAGACUUUUUAACCACAAGAAAAAAAAUUUCAGACAAUCCGACACUUGGGAAAAAAAAUCCGAUAUUUUGACACUCAGAAACAAUACAAAUUUUUAGACAGAAAAAAUUCCGACAUUUAGAAAAAAAAUCACAACUUUUUGACACUUGGAAAAAAUCGCGACUUUUUACACUUGGAAAAAAUCCCAGAUUUUUUUACUUUAAAAAAAUUCAGACUUUUCAAAACUUGGGAAAAUAUCCAGACUUUUUAACCAAAAGAAAAAAAAAAUCCCUACUUAACAAAAAAAAUUCAGACAAUCCGACACUUGGGGAAAAAAAUCCGAUAGUUUGACACUUAGAAACAAUCCAAAUUUUUUGGCAGAAAAAUUCCGACAUUUAGAAAAAAAUCACAACUUUUUCACACUAGGAAAAAUCCCCACUUUUUGACCCAAAAAAUAGACUUUUUGACACAUGGGAAAAAAAUCCAGAUUUUUUUGAAUGAAAAAAUUUUACUUUUGACACUUUGAAAAAAAUCAAGAAUUUUUGACACAGAAAAAAUCCAAAUUUUUUGACAGAAAAAAAUCAAGACUUUUUGACAAAAUAAUUUCCGACUUUUUGACACUUGGUAAAAAAAAUCCAGACUUUUUGGGGGAAAAAAAUCCGAUAUUUUGACACUUAGAAACAAUCCAGAUUUUUUGACAUUAAAAAUUCCGACAUUUAGAAAUAAAUCACAACUUUUUGACACUUGGAAAAAAUCCAGACUAUAUAUAAAACUUAGAAAAAAUUUCAACUGUUUAACACUUGGAAAAAAUCCCGACUUUUUACACUUGGGAAAAAUUCCAGAUUUUUUGACCCCAAAAAUUCAGAGUUUUUAACCAAAAGAAAAAAAAAAAAAUCCCGACUUAACAAAAAAAAUUUCAGACAAUCCAACACUUGGAAAAAAAAUCCGAUAUUUUGUCACUUAGAAACAAUCCAGAUUUUUUUACAUUAAAAAUUCCGACAUUUAGAAAUAAAUCACAACUUUUUGACACUUGGAAAAAAUCCAGACUACAUAUAACACUUGGAAAAAAUUCCAACUGUUUGACACUUAGAAAAAAUCCGACUUUUUGACACUUGGAAAAAAUCCAGACUAUAUAUAAAACUUGGAAAAAAUUUCAACUGUUUAACACUUGGAAAAAAUCCCGACUUUUUACACUUGGGAAAAAUUCCAGAUUUUUUGACCCAAAAAAUUCAGAGUUUUUAACCAAAAGAAAAAAAAAAUAAUCCCGACUUAACAAAAAAAAAUUCAGACAAUCCAACACUUGGAAAAAAAAUCCGAUAUUUUGACACUUAGAAACAAUCCAGAUUUUUUAACAUUAAAAAUUCCGACAUUUAGAAAUAAAUCACAACUUUUUGACACUUGGAAAAAAUCCAGACUACAUAUAACACUUGGAAAAAAUUCCAACUGUUUGACACUUAGAAAAAAUCCGACUUUUUGACACAUGGAAAAAAUCCAGACUAUAUAUAAAACUUGGAAAAAAUGUCAACUGUUUGACACUUAGAAAAAAUCCCGACUUUUUACACUUGGGAAAAGUUCCAGAUUUUUUGACCCCAAAAAUUCAGACUUUUCAAAACUUGGGAAAAUAUCCAGACUUUUUAACCAAAAGAAAAAAAAUAAAUCCCGACUUAACAAAAAAAAUUUCAGACAAUCUGACACCUGGGAAAAAAAAUCCGAUAUUUUGACACUUAGAAACAAUCCAAAUUUUUUGACAGAAAAAAUUCCGACAUUUAGAAAAAAAUCACAACUUUUUCACACUUGGAAAAAUACCCACUUUUUGACCCAAAAAUACAGACUUUUUGACACAUGGGAAAAAAACUCAGAUUUUUUUGAAUAAAAAUGUUUCUGACUUUUGACACUUUGAAAAAAUCAAAAAUUUUUGACACAGAAAAAAUCUAAAAUUUUUGACACAAAAAAUCAAGACUUUUUGACAAAAUAAUUUCCGACUUUUUGACACUGUGGGAAAAAAAUCCAGACUUUUUGGGUAAAAAAAUCCGACAUUUUGACACUUAAAAAACAAUCCAAAUUUUUUACAUUAAAAAUUCCGACAUUUAGAAAUAAAUCACAACUUUUUGACACUUGGAAAAAAUCCAGACUAUAUAUAACACUUGGAAAAAAAUGUCAACUGUUUGACACUUACAAAAAAUCUGACUUUUUUACACUUGGGAAAAAUUCCAGAUUUUUUGACCAAAAAAAAACUGACUUUUCAAAACUUGGGAAAAUAUCCAGACUUUUUAACCAAAAGAAAAAAAAAAUCCCUACUUAACAAAAAAAAUUUCAGACAAUCUGACACUUAGAAACAAUCCAAAUUUUUUGACAGAAAAAAUUCCGACAUUUAGAAAAAAAUCACAACUUUUUCACACUUGGAAAAAUCCCCACUUUUUGACCCCAAAAAUACAGACUUUUUGACACAUGGAAAAAAUAUCCAGAUUUUUUUGAAUAAAAAAAUUUCUGACUUUUGACACUUUGAAAAAAAUCAAGAAUUUUUGACACAGAAAAAAUCCAAAUUUUUUGACAGAAAAAAAUCCAGACUUUUUGACAAAAUACUUUCCGACUUUUUGACACUUGGAAAAAAAAUCCAGACUUUUUGGGGGGGAAAAAAUCGAUAUUUUGACACUUAGAAAACAAUCCAGAUUUUUUAACAUUAAAAAUUCCGACAUUUAGAAAUAAAUCACAACUUUUUGACACUUGGAAAAAAUCCGGACUAUAUAUAACACUUGGAAAAAAUUUCAACUGUUUAACACUUGAAAAAAAUCCCGACUUUUUACACUUAGGAAAAAUUCCAGAUUUUUGGACCCCAAAAAUUCGGAUUUUUCAAAACUUGGGAAAAUAUCCAGACUUUUUAACCAAAAGAAAAAAAAAAUCCCAAUUUAACAAAAAAAAUUUCAGACAAUCCAACACUUGGAAAAAAUUCCAACUGUUUGACACUUAGAAAAAUCCGACCUUUUGACACUUGGAAAAAAUCCUAACUUUUUACACUUAGGAAAAAUUCCAGAUUUUUUGACCCAAAAAAUUCAGACUUUUCAAAAUUUGGGAAAAUAUCCAGACUUUUCAACCAAAAGAAAAAAAAUAAAUCCCGACUAAACAAAAAAAAUUUCAGACAUUCCGACACUUGGGAAAAAAAAUCCCAACUUUUUGACAAAAAAUAUUCCGAUAUUUUAAACACUUAAAAAUAAUCCAAAUUGUUUGACCCAAAAAAUUCUGACAUUUUUACACUUAAAACAAAAUCCAAAUGUUUUGCUAAAAAAAAUUCAAACUUUUUGACAGUUAUAAAAAAAUUGACAAAAAAAUUUAUAUUUUGUGACUUUGACACUUAGAAUUUUUUUUGUCAUAAAGUUGGAUUUUUCUAGAAAUUUUUUGGGACAUUUCAACAUUUGGAAAAAAAUCCCAACCUUUUGACAAAAACAUUUCCAAUAUUUUGACACUCACAAAUAAUCCUACUUUUUUGACAAAAAAUUUUUUUGACACAUUAGAACAAAAUCCACAAAUCCAAAUGUUUUGACAAAAAAUGUUCCCACUAUUUGACACUUAGAAAAAAAUCCAGACUUUUUGACAAAAAACUUUCCGACUUUGUGACAAAAAAAAAAAAAAUCAGACUUUUUCUAGAAACUAUUUCUGACAUUUCGACACUUAGAAAAAAGAUCUUGACUUUUGACAAAAUCUGACUUUUUGACACUUACAAAAAUUUCCGAUAUUUCCACACUGACAAAAAACCUCCAACUUUGACACUUGGAAAAAAAUCCUGUUAAGAUUAAAAAUGUUUUUUUUGAGACAUGUCCCUCAUUUUAAAAGGGAACAGCACUUUAGGGAAAAUUUUGCCUGUUUUUCAAAAUCAUUAUGAGAGACAAGACAAAAGGUUUUGUUUUUUUCGCUAUCUAAUAUAAAUAUCAGCUUGUUUUUGGUAGCAAUGUAGCUAAUAGAAAAAUGCAUUCAAAAAUCAUCAACACUACUUCAUUUAUGUUGUGUAACCUGUAAAAUAAUAAACUACAACAUUGUUAUUGUAAGAGUAAACACUGAGGAACUAUUUUUUUAGCGUACUAACACGUCAGCAUGCUACAGCAUUAGCCGUAAAAGCUAACUACGGCCAGAAAUAAGCUAACUUCUACGUCAGCACAAAAGUUUGUAAUACACAACACUGUAAUAGGACAAGUAAAACCUUAAGAAAUGAUUAAAGUAAUGAAAAUACAGUAAAUAUUGUACAUAUUGUUAUGAAGGUGUCUGUUACUACUUUAUAUAUAUACUUGCACUGUGUAUAUUGUACAUAUUGUUAUGAAGGUGUCUGUUACUACAUUAUAUAUAUAUACUUGCAGUGUGUAUAUUGUACAUAUUACAUAUUGUUAUGAAGGUGUCUGUUACUACAUUAUAUAUAUACUUGCAAUGUGUAUAUUGUACAUAUUACAUAUUGUUAUGAAGGUAUCUGUUACUACAUUAUAUAUAUACUUGCAGUGUGUAUAUUGUACAUAUUACAUGUUAUGAAAGUGUCCGUUACUACAUUAUAUAUAUAUAUACUUGCAGUGUGUAUAUUGUACAACAAGUGUAUUAUUGUCUUUCAUAAUGAUUGUGAACAACAGGCAACAUUUCCAGCAAAAAGUUCAGUUUUUAAGUAUCAUUCACUUAUAUGUGGUCAUUACCUUUACAGCAUGAUCUUCAUUCUAGCAUGAAUAAUUAAUGAUAUUUUGUGUAGUCUAGUCUUGUUCAAAAAUUCUGCAACAUUUUGAGGGUGCUUGAUUUAAGAAUUGGACGUUGAAUAUCGCUUGUCUUCAGAAUAAAACGCUUAUUUCUA